CUGUCCUUCAAGUUUGGCACCAGCAGCAAAUCGAUUUCGUCGUCUGGAAAUCUGGAACUUUUUCAUAAUUCGUGGCAAAAGUAUGUGCUAAGUUGGUCUAAAGUGCGUUAAAAGUGAAGCUUAUUGCUGCGUGCACCCGGGAACGAUAAAAAGUUGCAGGGAUGACCACGUACGAGGAGUUUAUCCAGCAGAACGAGGACCGCGAUGGGAUUCGCUUUACGUGGAACGUGUGGCCGUCGAGCCGGAUCGACGCGAGCAGGUUGGUGGUGCCGCUGGGAUGUUUGUACCAGCCGCUGAAGGAGCGGCCGGAUUUGCCGCCGAUUCUGUACGAUCCGGUCGUGUGUACGCGGACCACUUGCCGGGCGAUUUUGAACCCGAUGUGCCAGGUGGACUACCGGGCCAAGCUGUGGGUGUGCAACUUUUGCUUCCAGCGGAAUCCGUUUCCGCCGCAGUACGCGGCCAUUUCGGAGCAGCACCAGCCGGCGGAACUGAUUGCCGGGUUCAGUACGAUCGAGUACACGAUCACGCGGGCACCGUGCCUGCCGCCGGUGUUUUUGUUCGUGGUGGACACUUGCAUGGACGAGGAGGAGCUGGGCGCGUUGAAGGAUUCGCUGCAGAUGUCGUUGAGCUUGCUUCCGGCAAAUGCGUUGGUCGGGUUGAUUACGUUCGGGAAGAUGGUCCAGGUGCAUGAGCUGGGGACGGAUGGCUGCUCGAAGAGUUACGUGUUCCGCGGGACGAAGGAUUUGAGCGCGAAGCAGAUCCAGGACAUGCUGGGGAUUGGCCGGGCUCCCGGGCCGAAUCAACCGCAGCAGCAGCAGCAGCGUGGUCCGACGGGGGUUGUUCCGCCGGCGAACCGGUUCCUGCAGCCACUGCACAAGUGCGACAUGGCGCUGACGGAUUUGCUUGGGGAGUUGCAGCGGGAUCCGUGGCCGGUUCCGCAGGGGAAGCGAUUCUUGCGAUCGACUGGGGCGGCCCUUUCGAUUGCCGUUGGGUUGCUGGAGUGCACCUAUCCGAACACUGGAGCACGGAUUAUGCUGUUCUGCGGAGGACCGUGCUCGCAGGGACCCGGCCAGGUCGUGGACGAUGAGCUGAAGCACCCGAUCCGAUCGCAUCACGACAUUCACAAGGACAACGCGAAGUUCAUGAAGAAGGCGAUUAAGCACUACGAAGCGUUGGCGUUGAGGACGGCCACGAACGGGCAUUGCAUCGAUAUUUACUCGUGCGCGCUGGAUCAGACCGGGUUGAUGGAGAUGAAGCAGUGCUGCAACUCGACCGGUGGCCACAUGGUCAUGGGAGAUUCGUUCAAUUCUUCGCUGUUCAAGCAGACUUAUCAGCGAGUGUUUGCGACGGACGGGAAAGGUGACCCGAAGAUGGCCUUCAACGGAACGCUGGAGAUCAAGUGUUCGAGAGAGUUGAAGAUUGAGGGUGGCAUCGGUUCGUGCGUUUCGUUGAACGUGAAGAACGCUUCGGUGUCCGACUCUGACGUCGGAAUGGGCGGAACCUGCCAGUGGAAGCUCUGCACAAUGACGCCAAACACGUCGAUGGCGUUCUUCUUCGAGGUCGCGAAUCAACACGCGGCACCGAUUCCGCAGGGCGGACGCGGCUGCCUUCAGUUCAUCACCCAGUAUCAGCAUUCCAGCGGGCAGCGACGAAUCCGCGUUACGACCGUGGCCCGCAGCUGGGCGGACGCCACGUCAAACCUUCCGAUGAUCAGCGCCGGAUUCGACCAGGAAGCCGCAGCCGUACUCAUGUCCCGAAUGGUCGUCUACCGGGCGGAAACCGACGACGGUCCGGACACGCUGCGCUGGGUCGAUCGCCAACUCAUCCGACUCUGCCAGAAGUUUGGCGAAUACGGCAAAGACGACCCGAACAGCUUCCGACUCGCGGAAAACUUCUCCCUCUUCCCCCAGUUCAUGUACCAUCUCCGGCGGUCCCAAUUCCUGCAGGUCUUCAACAACUCCCCCGACGAAACGACCUUCUACCGGCACAUGCUCAUGCGCGAAGACCUCACCCAAUCCCUCAUCAUGAUCCAACCCAUUCUCUACUCGUACUCCUUCAACGGCCCACCGGAACCGGUCCUGCUCGACACCUCCUCCAUCCAGCCGGACCGAAUUCUCCUGAUGGACACCUUCUUCCAAAUUCUCAUUUUCCACGGAGAAACAAUCGCGCAGUGGCGGUCGCUCAAGUACCAGGACAUGCCCGAGUACGAAAACUUCAAGCAGCUGCUGCAAGCCCCCGUCGAUGACGCGCAGGAAAUCCUCCAAACGCGAUUCCCCAUGCCGCGGUACAUCGACACCGAACAGGGCGGAUCGCAGGCGCGGUUCCUGCUCUCGAAGGUCAACCCGUCGCAGACCCACAACAACAUGUACGCGUAUGGACAGAUGGCCGCACCGACGGACGGUGGCGCCCCGGUCCUCACCGACGACGUCUCGCUGCAAGUAUUCAUGGAGCAUCUGAAGAAGCUAGCCGUCUCGUCGACGACGUAAAUGGAGGACGCCACAAUUUUAUCACCAAUCCAAUCAAUCCAACAGCAGGAGGGUUGCAACUAGGUCACGCGAUUCAAAUUGACGACACUUUUCAAUUAAAAUUGAUAUCUACACGCUGCUAGUGUCGAAGGAGGGUAAAGAAGAAAAAGAAGGAGGGGCGAAACAAUGAUUAAGUGACGAAUUGAAUGUAUUCAAGUGUUUGUUUUUUAGGAGAGUAAAUUUUCUUUAUGUGUUGGAUGAAUAAACUAAAAGUAUAUUACUAUAUUGAUAGCCGCUAGGAGAAUAAUAAAUUACGCAAUGGGAAACCGCACAAAA